AUGGGUUCUAUCUCUUCGGCAAUUCCAACCAUAGACAAGAUACACAAUGAUACAUUGUUUUAUGACCAUAAGGACGAGAAUGAGGAAUCUGUCGAUUUUUUGCAGAAUUCUAAACUUGUCCAGCUAUUCAAAAAUAAUAUUCCCAAAAAAAUUGUUGACUUUUUCUACAUUUUAGCUUAUGCCCCCUUCAUGGUUCCUUUUGAGAAGAGAGCAGAAAUAUUUCAUUUUUUCAUCGAGUACGAUAAACAUAAUAACAAUGUGAACGAAUGGUUCCCGACUAAAGUUGAAGGGGUUAUUUCCAGGAACAACAUGCUAUUUGAUUCCUAUAACUCUUUUGGUAACUUGACGGGAACAGAGUUCAAGAGACAGUUUUCAGUGCAAUUCGUUAAUGAGUUUGGAGAGACGGAAGCAGGUAUUGAUGGAGGUGGGUUAACCAAAGAACUUCUGACAACCUUGGUUGCUUCAACUUUUGUACCAUCUGAAGAGAACAGGAAGAACAACAAGGGCUUACAGCUUUUCAAAGAAGCAAUUUCGUAUGCAUGUACUAAUGAUGAGUACUUGAAGAUAAGUAGGUUUUUAGGGAUGGUAAUAGGUAAGUGUUUGUACGAUAAUGUUUUGCUUGAUAUCUCAUUCACAUCCUUUUUUUUGAAUACUUGUGCCACACUUGGAAGUAAGUAUUUCAAGAAUCUUAUUGGAGAGAAAAUCAGUACUGACCCGGAAAAAUUUGAAAGCAUGUCUCUUUUAUUCACGGUUGAUGACAUAUUUUACGAUGAAGAUGGGAACUUGCAUCAUGUUGAAGUACCGUUGAUACCGCCGCAGAAGAAAUCACCUGAUUCUGCCCCUGAACCGGUACCUGUUACAGUGAACAACAAAAUGCAAUUUGUAAGAUUGAUGACGUCCUUCAAAUUAUCGAAACAGACCGAUCUAGUUAUGAAGUAUUUCGUUGAAGGAUUAUUUCAAGUGAUAAAACCUUAUUGGUUGCUUCUAUUCAAUCCGUUUGAGCUUCAAACGUUGAUAUCUGGUGAUGACGAUGCAAUUGAUAUCGACGACUUACAGCGGAAUGUGGAGUAUGGUGGUUUUUUGGAAUCAGAUCAAACAGUGCACGAUUUGUUCACCAUCUUGAGAGAGUUCGAUCGAACGGACCGGGGGAAGUUUGUAAAGUUUGUUACUUCUUCUCCAAAACAACCCUUAUUGGGGUUCAAGGAAUUGAAUCCUAAAUUUGGAAUCCGGAAUUCAGGAAGCGAUACGAGCAGGUUACCGACAGCAUCGACGUGUGUCAAUCUUCUCAAAAUUCCGGAUUACAGAGACAAAGAAUUAUUGAGAGAAAAAUUGUUAUAUUCGAUUAACAGCAAGGCUGGGUUUGAUCUCUCGUAA